GAUGCCAGGCCCAGUCUGUGUUUGAGCUUCUGAAGGAUGAGUCGCUCUCGCUCUUGCUGUUAUUGAAUUGUACAAUGGCGUGCGUAAGUGUAAAGCAGUGAAUUGAAUAUUAAAUUUUGUGCUACUAUGUUCUUUUUAUCUACAUUUAUCAAGAAAAAAAGUAUGAAGAAUUAUGAAGUUAUACAAUUUAAAGUGUAAUGUAAUAUUCAAAUAGUGUGUGAAUUGUUUCAUCAUCCCCUCAUCCUUCUGUUGAUUGAAAAGAAGAGCAGAAUGUCUGACGCCGAAGAGAGCCCGCCCAAGUCAGGCCAACCUGAGAUCAUGGUCUUCAGGCCGACUUACGAACAGUUCAAAGACUUCGCCAAAUUCAUUGAAUACAUGGAAUCGAAAGGAGCUCACAAAGCUGGAUUGGCCAAAGUAAUACCUCCACCCGAAUGGAAGCCGCGAAAGUCGGGCUACGAAAUGGCCAACCUGGAUGUGACCAUCCCAGCGCCCAUCUGCCAGGUUGUGACCGGCAAGCAAGGUCUCUACCAGCAGAUCAACAUCCAGAAGAAGUCGAUGACCAUCCAGGAGUAUAAGAAGAUGGCGGAGAGUGCGCGCUACUGCACGCCUCAUCACUCCAACUACGAAGAUCUCGAGCGCAAGUACUGGAAGAACAUCACCUAUGUUGCGCCCAUCUACGGCGCUGAUGUGUCAGGCACUCUCACCGACAAAGAUGUUGAUGUGUGGAAUAUCAAUAGACUGGGCACGAUUCUUGAUUAUGUGAAUGAGGACUACGGCAUCAGCAUCGAAGGUGUGAACACUGCCUACCUGUACUUUGGCAUGUGGAAAACUACAUUCGCUUGGCACACUGAAGAUAUGGACCUCUAUAGUAUAAACUAUCUUCACUUUGGCCUACCCAAAACUUGGUACGCCAUUCCUCCAGAACACGGACGAAGACUCGAGAGGCUGGCGACUGGAUUUUUCUCAGGCCACUCUAAAUCAUGCCCAGCUUUUUUGAGGCAUAAGAUGACAAUUAUUUCACCUCAAGUUCUUCGUAAAUAUUCUAUUCCGUUGAAAAAGAUUACUCAAGAAGCAGGAGAAAUAAUGAUAACGUUUCCAUAUGGUUAUCAUGCAGGUUUUAAUCACGGUUUCAAUUGUGCGGAAUCGACAAAUUUUGCUUCGCCUCGAUGGGUUGAGUAUGGCAAACGAGCAUCACAGUGUGUUUGCAGGCCUGACAAUGUGAAGAUCAGUAUGGAUACGUUUGUGAAAAGACUGCAGCCAGACCGCUACGACUUGUGGAUUCAAGGCAGAGAUGUCGGCCCACAUCCCGAGGAUCCGAACAGGCACUUUGCGGCGCCUGUACCCAGUCAGGGCGACAUCCUCGUCAACAAAAACAAUAACAUGGAGAUUCCGAAAAGCUACAGUGAGACUGGCAAGAAGGCUUCAACCAUUAAGAAGAAAGCAGCUGAGGAACAGGAAGAGGAAGAAGAGGAGCAGGAAGACGUGCCUGAGGAGGUGCAGCGAGUCAUGGACGAAAUGGAAAUGGAAGAGGAAAUUCCCGAUGAAGAACAGCUCGAGGUUCUCGAAGACAUUUGGCUCAAAGCUGGCGAAAUGGAAAUCGAAGAAGCUGAAAUUUAUGAUUCUGGAUACGAUGUGGAAAAGAAGAAAAAGAAGAAUCAUCGAAGAAAGGACAUUUUAAAACCAAGGAAAUUCGUUGAGGGUAAAUCUAUAAAUGGCGAGUUGAAGAAGUCUGGCAAACGAAAAAUGUCCUUGUCUCAACCUCUUUCCAGUUCGAAUGGCCUGAACACCUUGCACAAAUCAAAACAACACUCAAGUGUUAAAUGCAAGUCAAUAGAACCAGAAUCUACAACUGAAGAGAAGAAGAGUAAAGAUGAUGGUGAAGGCCAAACGCCGCCGCAGAAGGUUGCCUGCACCGAUUUCAAUUCGGAAUCCACCGAAGCAAAGUCCUCUGACCAGAAAGCAGCUGAAGAUACGUUGCUCAAGAAAAAGAAACACAAGAAGAAAAAAUCCAAAGAUAAGGACAAAGAUAAACAGCAAAGUUGUUCCGAUGUGGAAAAGGUGAAAAAGGCAAAAAAGAAGAAGCUAUGUAAGUACCGUCAAAUGAAAAAUGAAGCAAAAAAGAAACAGGAAUUGUUGAAAGCGGCUUUCUCGAGGCCUGUUCACUUGCCGAGCAUGCAGGAAUCGAACCUGGUGCGGACAAAAGAUGGCAGGAUUAUUGGCACUGUCGAACCCAUUGAGAUUCCCCUCAAAAUUCCCACAUACCAUCCUCAACUAUCCAAACCACAACCGAUCAAGACUGAAACUACUGUUAAGAUAGAAAACGAGCCCUCAAAUCGUGUCGAUCUGGACUCUCUACAAAAGCAACUCACUGAAGAGUGCAGUUAUCUAGAAAACCUGCUACAUCAUGAAAAGGCUGUCAACGUCAAAGACUCGAGUGAUUACUAUUACUCGAGUCUGGACGCGGCGUCAGUUGAAGUGGAGCUUCCGGUGGAGAACGAUGUCGAGGAGUUGUGCAAAAAACUACAGAUCAAUGUCAGAAACGAAGAUGAUCCAUCAACUUUUGACGCGCUCAAGAGGAAUCCUGCGAUUUCGCUGACUGAGAGUAGUAGAAUAGGUCGUUCUCCCGUUCAGCCAAGCCCGACCAAGACAACAUCAUUGUCCAGUGUCAGACCGUCCAUAGAUCUGAUUGUUAAAUCCCCACGUUCCGAUAAGACCCCGUCGGUCAAGUCGGCUACAAACUCAUUAUGUAAGCCCAUGGACUGUGUAGCACUCAAAAAGUUUAGUGAAAACUAUCAACGGAACCUGAACUUGAAAAACCGGCAGUGCAGGGUUCAGCUGGUUGAUGUUAAGGGUAAAGUAAUUCCAGUCAGUAUUCCCAAUAACGUCACUUCACCGCUAAACAGGUUUGUGGGGGCUACAAGUAACAAGAAUAAUGUGAAAUGUGAACCGAACAGGACGUUAAAUGUUACCUACCAACAGCCUCUUCCAGUGAGAACACUUCCUAGCUCUAGUGUGUCUGGUUCAAGUUCACUUCCAUCUGUGUCAGUCAUUAAGAACAAAGUUAUCGGAUCGAUAGCGUCCAGUAGUACUGCUAUGUCCUACAGUAGUGCUGUGGCCAAUAAUAUAUCCAUGUCCAAUAGUGGUUCUACGUCCCAAAGUGGUGCUAUGUCAAGCAGUAGUUUGGUGCCUAGUGCGACGUACAUAGACUAUUCUCAGAUCAAGCAGGAGUUGCCGGAUACGGUGACUGUGAAAACAGAGCCAGUGGAAGAGGGUGAAUGGGGCAUGCCUCAACUGAAAUGCGAGAGCGACAUCAAAGUGGAGCCUGAGUUGAAGGUCAAGGAUGAUCCCGACAUGCCUGUGCUGACAGCGUCCAGUGUCAACACCCAACCCUUUGUCUCUGUUCAAAGCACCGCUGUCCAAACAACACCAGCAAACUUGCCGAAAAUUCAAAUACCACAAUACAAAACUAAUGGGCAUUAUCAACAAUCAAACAUGAUUUUGGAAAAGUUGAAAUCUCCAAUGUUGGAGUAUCAAAUCGAAGUGAAUGUGAACAAGUAUCUUAGUGAUAGCGAGCCUUUCUGCUCAUUGUGCAGUACCUUCGCCCAUCCAUCAAAACCGCCGAAGAGCAUACUGAAGAACUGGGGAUUGAUAGAGGCGAAUAACAGCAUAGGUGUGGCUGUAGGUGUGGAGAAGCCAUUGCAGACGAACGUGUUCCUGCCGGCGACGGCCACUCUGCGACAGAGCAGUCGCAAGUCACCGCUGCUCACCUGCUCUGUGUGUCACGUGUGCGUGCACGCAGUCUGCUACGGAUGCGACAUCGUCCGGCCGGAGACGCACCUCAAGUGGACCUGCGAUCGCUGCCAAUCUGGCGUCUCCAAUGUUGAAUGUUGUUUGUGUCCGGUGGGUGGUGGCGCAUACAAGCGCACGACUGACAAUCGGUGGUGUCACAUCCUGUGUGCCACCGUUGUGCCCGGUGCUCUGUCUCUCUUCCUCAACAGGGACAAGAUGAAUGCCAUCGAUGUGUCCAAAGCGCUCAUGACUGGAGAAAGGUGUUGGGUGUGUAGUAAAGCGGGCGGCUUGGUGCACUGCUGUGAUUGGUCGUGCAGCCGAUGGUUCCACGUGACUUGUGCUCUGGCCAAAGGCUGUCACUUCCGCAUCAGCCGCUUCCAAGGAUGCAAGUUCUUUGUCACCUGUAGUGACCACCCUCACACCCACUCCAAGACAUGUGGAAUACAAAUGGGCCAAUGGGUGUGGGCGAGAAAGGACCAGAUAGAUCGCUACCACCGUGGUCAAGUGGUUGGCGUCAGCCAUUGCUUCUACUUUAAUUUCGAGUUUCCCGAUGGCUCCUACACUGAUAUGUUGCGCGAACAAAAUAUUAUCGAAUACGGCAAAAAUGAUAAUAACAGCUACCUGACAACAGGAACUCCCAUGAGAGUCAAAUGGACUGAUGGUGAAGAAUAUAUAGGCACGUAUCAGGGCCACGAAAAAAGGAAUGCUUAUACGCUCGAAUUCGAAGAUAAAUCAAUAGCAACCGUCGGUAUAGAUGCUAUUAAUCUGGCAAUAACUCUUCAUCAAUCUCCUCCAAAAAGAAUCCGUCAGUAUGUGACCCCCCUCCUUACCCAUCCUCUCCGAACACACACUCCUCGAAUCCUACGAAAAAACUCAGCCCAUCCAAUUACUUCUUUAAAUUACCAUUACCGGUAAUCUUACAAGCUAGCUAGAUCCAACGGGAAUGUUGGCCAGUAUGUACCAGCGAGCUUACACAAAGUUUGUCUAACAUGAACCAUCUAUUCUCUAAAUGAAAGACCAUGAUCAGUGCUGUUUAUAUAGUGUCAUAAUUUCACAGAAUUGUUCUAUUUCAAUUGCGAGUGAUAUUAGUUUAAGAUUGAUUUGACACUUCUUUCUCCGAACAUUCGUUCAGAAAUUUCAAAAAAAUGUUUAAUCGUAUUGAAGUGAUAAUAAUACUUGUUAGUUAUAAUGUAAUCUCAUUUCUCUUAUAAAUUCUAUCUGUAGAUCAUGAUUUGAAUGAGAAAGAAUGAAUUGAACAAUCAUUAGAGUAAUAUAACAAGAAAUAAUUUGAAUUCAUUCUUGAUUUUAUGUAUUGAUGAGUGAUAUAGGAAGGAAAAUACAUUGACUGUAUAUGAUGAAUUUCAUUUCGUUCCUCGUAUUUGCUAGAAAUUUGUAUUUUUUCCACUUGUAUUUUCUGUGUAUCAUGUUCAAAUAAUUUGAAAAAACUCUUGAGAUCUCAUGAUAUUGAACCAAUGUAUAUAAUUCUUUAGUGUAAUAGUUGAAAAUUCUAGCUUUUAUCAAUCCACAAGCCUUGUAGGAUUAUUACAAACCAUCACAGGGUUAAAUAUAUUAAGAAUUGAUUAAAGAUAUUAUUUCAGAUAACUUUAGAAUUAAAGAAAGUUGUCACUGUUUAAUUGCAUGAUAUAUCAAAGCUUGAUAUUAAUUAUUUUAUUGCAGUGAAUUAUUAGUUGCAUAAUUUGUUCUUACUGUUCGUAGUGCGACUCAUCAACUCUACCAAAGUAAUAAGAAAUCAUUUCAAUACAACUUGAUUUUGGCAAAACUCAAUCUUUGAAUUAUGCCUCGAUUGAUAGAUUUGAUAUAAGCGGUUGGCUUGUAUCAAAUGUCUAUAAUUUAUGAUUGAUACUCGUACAAAAUGUGAUUGAUUUUGGUCUAUCCAUUAUCAUACAGAAUAAUUUAUAAUUCAGUAGUAUUAUUUGCUCUGAACAGUAAGUGCAAUUCUAUUUAUGGUAUUCUAUUUUAAUAAUAGAAUAAUUUUAUAAUCAUAACAACUUUAAUAGGUACAUAGUUUUAAAAUAUUUCAUCACUACAUUUAUUAUUUAUUAGUUUGUCCAUUUUUCCCCUAUCAGUAGGACAAAUACAAUUAUGUUUUGAAAUGGAUCAAUAUAAAUUGUUAUCUCCUAAUAAGAUUCUUUUUCGAGUUUUAUUUGUAAUAAUUAAAUAUUUAUUUAUUUCUAAUAUUGAUGAGGGAUAUUCCAUUCCCUCGGUAGGCUACUGAGAAUAAUAAUCAUUGACAGUUGCGUUACACUGCAAUAGAACAGUUUUACUAUUCACUUUUUGAAAUCAAUGAAAAUUUGUUUGGAUUUAUUAAUAUUUGUUAUUUCAUACUGUCCAUAAAUGAAAUGAUACAAUGUUCUAAUCAUUAUAGAUUUUAUUUUAUUGCUGUUACUUCAAACUUGAUGCAUUGAUAAAUUUGUAAUUUCUAAAAUUGUAAUAGGUUAUUGAAGAAAUAACCAGCCAAAAUAUAGCUGAAAUCACUCCUUAUUUGGUAGUUCAGCCUUAAUAUGUUGGUUUCACUCCAAAAUUGGAUUUACCAAUCAUUGGUUUUCGAACAAUAUUAUUGUAUUGUAUCCCGAACAAUAUUAUUGAAAUAAGCUGAGCAACUGAAAAACAGUUUGUUUUUUUUUCUUUGACUGACUUUUUCCCAUUUAUGUCGGCAUUCCAUGAUCGCAGUCUACUUCUUCACAAAAGCCUGUCCAAUGUCUGCUCUCAUUCUCUUGCAAGUUAGCCACUACUCUGUCUUUCCAUCACAUUUUUAGGAGGUGCAUACAGAUAUACGCGCCGCGAACAUGAGCAAUUCACUGUUAAUCAGCUGAAUAUAUCUGUAUUUUUACAGAAACAGUAAGAUACAGUUAUAAAAAGCUUGGCAUUGGCUGAUUAAAAGUGAAUUCCUCAUGUUCUUGGCGCAUAAAUCUGUACGCACCUUUUGGUCUACAUCGUCCUCUCACUUCAUCCAAUACCAAAUGUCACACUCUGACUAAACCACCUCAUCCUCCUGCAUUUUCUUACCCAGUGGACCAACCUUUACUGACCCUCUAAUCAACUCAAUCCUUUUCUUGUCUCUUCUUGUAAUCCCACACUUUCAUCUCAUUCACUUCCAUCUUUCUUUCCUGUCUCUUUGAAAUGGGCCACGCUUCCGUUCCAUACAGCUUAGUUGGCCUCACUACUCACUUAUAUACUUCAUCCUUCAUUUUACAAUUCACUCUUCUAUCACAAAGAAGAACACCCUUCAUUCUUCCCCAGUUCAUACAUCCACAAUUAAUUCUAUGCUGUAUUUCUACAGGAAGCACUCCAUCUCUCUGCACACUUGGGCCUCCCGGAUACUUGAAACUCCCAACUGGUUGGAGUUGGCUUCCCAGUCCAUCAUUCCCAAUUCCCAAUUCCAUGUGCUACUCUGUUUUUGAUCGGCUAAUUUUCAGUCAAUAAAAAUGAGCAACUGAAAGCCAUUUCUCCGUUAUAUCUUGCUGAGAAUAUACUCAAGUCUAUUUUAAUUAAAUUGAACAUUUUAUCAAAGUCUUUACUCCCAAAUUCUGUCAUGUAGGUACUAUAAAAUAAAAUAAUCACUGAUGUUAGUUACUAUGAGCGUAUAUCAUUAUUAUACAUGCUACGCAUCAAUUAUCUUAUUUAUACAAUAAUUAAUCUGUUUAUUUUCUGAAGAAAUUCAACUAAGGUUAUUGCUCAAUAUAUUCGGUUAAAUAUUAGCCUAAAAUAUAAUGUUACCGUUGAAAAUCAAUGUAAUCAAUGUGUUAUUAUUAUUUAGACGUUUAUAAUUGAAAUUUUCAAUAUUCAAAGCACAAAGUUUUGAAUAUCAUUAUUUUAAGAAAUUAUAGUUCUUGCUUUUAAAAAAUUCUAUUCUUGGAAACAAUAUUUAAUACCAUUUGUGUUCUUAAAUAAUUGGUUAGUUGUUUUAUUUGCUACUAAUAAUAAUAAGAGUUAAUUUUCGACUUUUGUGUGACUUUUCCAAUGACUAAAUUAAUUUCUCACUUGAACACAUCACUUUUUAGCUCUUGAACUAUUGCUGUUAGGUACAAAUUGUAAAUUUCGAAAAAUGUAAAUGUCGAAAAAGGAUAAUAUAUGAACUUGCCCAGUGUGGAAUGAUUAGAAAUAUUUCAAGUGAUGACUGUGUGUGUGUGUGUGCCUCUGCAAGUGUUAUGGAGAUUAAUUUUACUAUUGUAUAUAAAUUUAAUCAGUAAUGUUGGUAAUUUAUUCGUUUUAGUUAACAGAAUAAAAUUUGAAGCAUUAUUGAA